AUGAUCAAAUCUAUCAAAUAUGACCAUAAUGAUGAGGAUGAGCAUAUGGUUUUACUUCGCCAAAAACACAACAAGUACAAUUGGGACACCAUCAUGCAAUCAUCCAACAAAGACCCUAGUCCUUAUUUUAAAUUAAACGUAUUCGGAAGGAAAAUUGCUUUCCGAAUGACAAAAAGAUACGGGCAAUACUUUCCUGUAGCAUGUUUUCGCACGAAUGAAAGAAAGUCCGUCAUCAAAUUGAUUCACUAUUAUUUCCUCAAUUUUUUCGGCGAUUCUAUGGAGUAUCUCUGGAUAAUAAUCCACUAUCCUCCCUUCGUUCCAAACGUUCCAAAGUUAUCAGUAUGCCUUGGCAUGUGGAUGGACUGGUUCUGCGGCAUCGAACCAGUUGAGAACUUUUUCUCCUCAUAUCCUAUGAUGAAACACGUCCAAAUGUAUAUUACGCCAGCGAGACCAUUGAGAUGUUUUACUGGAUGCAAAAUCUCAGAUUUGAUAUUGUUCGUGAUUCGAUGGAAGUUCGGAGAAGCAUACCAUAAAUUGGAACGCAUGGAGGUCGGAGAAGUUGAUGAGGAGCAAAACCGAAUUCUAGAAGCAAUUGGCGCAAAACAUAUUGAUCCAGCAAAAAAGGCACCAAUGCACAGUUUGCCCAGAGUGUUCAACAGGUAUUUCGAGCCAAAUACAAAAGCAAUCAAAAGCCGCGCGUAUGUGGUCAGAGAAACAGAUAAUCGUAUUUUCUGCAAUUUUCAAAAAAUUAUUUGUUUUUCUAGAAUUUUUUGA